GUAGUCUCACUCUUGGCGCUCUGGAAACCACAACAUAGUUGCCCGUGUCUGUCUCUCACCGGGAAAGGAAUAUUAAACAUGAGUACAAACUGAAGUAGUGAUAAGGAAGGACGAUGCCGGCUAGAAACAUCAUUACGAGCGGGCUGCCCAAUAGCAAAGUGCGGUACUCAAAGCUGGCAAGUAAUGAUGACGGCUACAUUGAUUUACAGUUCAAGAAGAGCCCACCUAAAGUCCCAUAUAAGGCGAUCACAUUGGCGGUUGUUCUUUUUCUGAUCGGCUCUGUUCUGAUCAUUAUUGGAGCGCUUCUCUUAGCAGGAUACUUUGACGUUCGAGAUCACCAUGAGCGCACUAUACCAGUCCUCAUUAUAGGGAUUCUGGUCUUCCUUCCUGGAUUCUACCACUUGCGCAUCGCCUACUAUGCCUACAGGGGUUACCGUGGCUACUCCUAUGAUGACAUCCCAGACUUUGAUGACUGAGUCACGUGGGACAUUGUGACAACUUAGUGAUGUUGGUCAUCUCUGAAGAAGAGACUCUUUUAUGUGCAUACAGACAGAACUUCAGUCUCAACGUGUACCAAAGGUGAUUAGUACAGAAGAUUACGGUGAUUAAAAGAGCUUCUGAGAAAGUCAGAUAAUUUCACCAUAAAUUCACCUUCUGGAUUAACAUUCUUGACUUCAGUGAGAGAAUACUGGCAUUUUAUGUGAUGCUAUAUUGACCUAAUAUAAUUAAUAUACCAUCUUUGCUGCCGAGUUAAAGGGGAAAUGGAUAGUAGCGGUGUGUUGCAUUAAUGUCAGUUUUUGGCAGGAGAGAAGCCUGUUGUCAGUCUUAUGUUUAAUAAUGCUCUGUGAGACUGGUUUUCUUUAGCUUUAUCUUCUAUAAACUACACUGAAGUAAGAUGAGUAAGGACUGGGCAUAGAUGAACUAUACACUGUGGUUCCCUACUGAAGUCCAGGAUAACAACACAAGAUUUAAAACACACUGUUUAGUGAGUUUUAAAAGUGUCACCACUAGUUUGUUGUUUGUUGUUGAUUUACCAGCAUUACACUGCAUAAUUUGUUAUGCCUCACACUGUAAUAAAUGGUGAAGCUGCUCUACUUCAAAACCACA